CGCCUCUUCACUUCCUCGUUCGUCUCUAAUAAAACUUCAUCAUUCUUUGGUUCAAAGCCAACAUCAACAUGACCUUCGUACUUGUCACUGGAGCCUCUGGCUUUCUGGGCGCUCACAUUGUGGACCAGCUGCUCAAAUUGGGAUACAAAGUUCGAGGAACGGCAAGAUCGAGCAAGGCCGACCGUCUUCGUGCUGCUUACAGCUUCGCCGACGACCGUUUCGAUGUCGUCGUCGUCGAUGACUUCUCGAGUUCCGACUUGACUGCCGCGUUUGAAGGCAUCGAGGUACUCGUACAUGUAGCGUCGCCCAUGCCCACAGCUGGCCCUGCUGAGGUUAUACUCAAGGGUGCGAUAAACGGGACCACUAGAGUUCUCGAUUUCGCCGCAAAGUCGGGGACCGUGAAGAAGGUCAUCGUCACAUCGAGUGUCACGUCGUUGCACCACAUCAACGAGUCUUUCACCGACAAGGUGUACGGUGCUGACGACUGGAAUCCGCAGACGUACGAAGACGCGGUUGAGCCCGGCACCCAUCCAUAUUCGGUUUACUAUGCAGCGAAGACGGUUUCUGAACAGGCCGUUCGUAAAUUCGCGAAGGAACAUCCGGCAAUCGAUGUUUCGACCGUGCAUCCGACCUACUGCUACGGGCCUACCGCCCCCAGUCACGUCUCCGAUGCCCCAGCAGAUAGUACCAACAUCUUGAUAUACGCCCUCUUCCAAACGCCGGCCGGCUCUCCUCGCAGUCCGCUUCCACCCGCUCAAGCCCUGAUCUCACCCACCUACAUCCACGUCUCCGACGCAGCCCGUGCUCACGUCCUUCUUAUUUCUCCUCCUUCCGAAUGUCCUACGUCCUGCCCUGGAGAGGUCAAGCGAGUGGUACUCAAGAGCGGAGACAUGCGUUGGAUAGAUGCGCUUGAGUAUCUUACGAAGACGAGACCUGAGCUGAAGGAGAGGUUGUUUUUGAUUCCUGAGAAUUACGAACACCCAGAGGGGUGGGCGAGGUUUAGCGGUGAGAGCACAGAGAAGUGGAUCGGCUUCAAGAACGGAAGUUACAAGGAUUGGAAGGUGAUGUUGGACGAGGCGGUGGAUGAUAUCCUGAAAAGGGAGAAGGGUCUGACGACGGUGAAGGCAGCGUGAAGCGUUUCGAGAGGUGUCCAUGACAGGAUGGUCGUAUAGAUAUAUUAGCAGAGUGCACCAGCGUUUAAUUAAUUCGUGGUCCCCUGCUUGAAAGUUUGUCCGCCAUCGAAGUGGAGCCACCUCAAAGUCC